AUGCAAGGGGCCGUGCUGGUGGCCAUCGCGGCCGCCAUCGGCAACCUGCUGCAGGGGUGGGACAACGCCACCAUCGCCGGCGCGGUGAUCUACAUCAAGCGCGAGUUCCACCUGGAGACGCAGCCGGCCGUCGAGGGCCUGCUGGUCGCCACCUCCCUCAUCGGCGCCACCAUCAUCACCACAUUCUCCGGCCCCGUCGCCGACAUCGUCGGCCGCCGCCCGAUGCUCAUCGCGUCCUCGCUGCUCUACUUCGCGGGCGGCCUCAUCAUGCUGUGGUCCCCGAGCGUGCUGGUGCUCCUCCUGGCGCGCCUCGUGGACGGCUUUGGUGUGGGCCUCGCCGUCACGCUCGUCCCCGUCUACAUCUCCGAGACGGCGCCGCCAGAGAUCCGGGGCCUCCUCAACACGCUGCCGCAGUUCACGGGCUCCUUCGGCAUGUUCUUCUCCUACUGCAUGAUCUUCUACAUGACGCUGGGCGACCACCCCAGCUGGCGCUUCAUGCUCGGCGUCCUCUCCGUGCCCUCCCUCGCCUACCUCGCGCUCACCGUGCUCUACCUGCCCGAGUCGCCGCGCUGGCUCGUCAGCAAGGGCCGCAUGAGGGAGGCCAGGGCCAUCCUCCAGAUGCUGCGCGGCAGAGAGGACGUGUCCGGCGAGAUGGCGCUCCUCGUCGAGGGCCUCGGCAGCGGCGGCGACACCGUCAUCGAGGAGUACGUGCUCGGCCCCGCCACGGGCGCCGCCGCCGCCGCCGGGGACGAGUCGGAGCACGACACCAGGGACCAGGUCACGCUCUACGGCCCCGAGCAGGGCCUCUCGUGGGUGGCGCAGCAGGUGCAGGGCGCGCGCAGCAGCGUGCUCGGCAGCGCCGUCGAGCUCGCGUCGCGCCAGGGGAGCAUGUACGAGCAGAUGAAGGACCCCGUCGUCACGCUGCUCGCGAGCGUCCACGACAAGAUGCCCGAGUCCGGCGUGCCCGGUGCCAGCGCCAGGGGAAGCACGCUCUUCCCCAACCUCGGCAGCAUGCUCAGCGUGGCGGAGCGGCCCGGCGACUGGGACGAGGAGAACGUGCCGCCCAACGACGACCUCGACGACGAUGACGAGGAGUACCUCUCUGACGACGACGCGGGGGCAGCAGCAGGAGGCGCCCUGCACGCACCGCUGCUGUCCAGGCAGAGCACCGACGUGGACACCACCAGCAGCAAGAAGGACGCCGGCAGCACGAGCCAACCGCCCGGGAGCAGCCCCAUGCAGAGGUACAGCAGCAUGACGGGCGGUGAGACCGCGAGCACCAUGGGCAUCGGCGGCGGCUGGCAGCUGGCGUGGAAGUGGACAGAGAACGUCGGGCCCGACGGCGUCAGGCGCGGCGGCGUCAAGAGGAUGUACCUGCACGAGGAAGGCGGUGGCGCUGGUGGCGGCGAUGGGGACUCAUCGGGCCUAUCACGAGCAGGGGAGUACGUGCACGCCGCGGCGCUGGUGAGCCGCUCCAUGCUCUACACCAAGGACGUGCUCAUCGGCCAGAGCCCGACCCCGGCGUUAGACAGCCCGCCCGAGACGGUGGCCAACAGGGCGGCUGCGGCAAGCGGCCCCCGGUGGCGCGAGCUCCUCGAGCCGGGCGUCAGGCGCGCGCUCUUCUGCGGCGUCAUGAUCCAGAUCCUGCAGCAGUUCUCUGGCAUCAACGGUGUGUUAUACUACACGCCCCAGAUCCUUGACCAGGCGGGGGUGAGUGUCCUUCUUGCCAGCCUGGGCCUCAGCGCUGACUCCGCGUCCAUCCUCAUCAGCGGGCUCACCACACUACUGAUGCUCCCUAGCAUUGGACUCGCCAUGCGCCUCAUGGACGUGUCUGGUCGCCGGUCCCUGCUGUUGUGGACCAUCCCUGUGCUCAUUGCGUCGCUCGUGGUGCUCAUCGUGGCAAACCUGGUGCCCAUGGCGACGACGGUGCACGCGGUGCUCUCCACGGCGAGUGUCAUCGUUUACUUCUGUUGUUUUGUCAUGGGGUUCGGGCCCAUCCCCAACAUCUUAUGUGCCGAGAUCUUCCCCACGCGUGUUAGGGGACUCUGCAUCGCCAUAUGCUCCCUCACCUUCUGGUUGGGCGACAUCGCCGUCACCUACUCCCUCCCUGUGAUGCUCAAGGCCAUCGGCCUCGCGGGUGUCUUUGGCUUCUAUGCCUUCGUCUGCUGCUUGGCGUUGAUCUUCGUAUAUCUCAAGGUGCCCGAGACCAAGGGAUUCCCUCUCGAGGUUAUUAUUGAGUUCUUCAACAUUGGCGCCAAAUCCCAGUCGGAGCAGGAGCCGCAAGCGCAGUGA